GAAAGAAACUAUACUAUUAAAGGAUUAGGGUUUUGCUCGUGGAGGGAGAGAGAAAACCUGAGAGAGUGAAGAAUGCCAGCCGGUCACGGUCUCCGCGCUCGAACCAGGGAUCUAUUCGCCAGACCCUUCAGAAAGAAGGGUUACAUUCCCCUGUCGACUUUCCUCAGGACUUACAAGACCGGUGACUAUGUCGACAUCAAGGUAAACGGCGCCGUUCACAAGGGUAUGCCCCACAAGUUCUACCAUGGCCGCACCGGUCGUGUCUGGAACGUCACCAAGCGCGCCAUCGGCGUUGAAGUCAACAAGCAGGUGGGUAACAGGAUUAUCAGGAAGAGGAUUCAUGUCAGAGUGGAGCAUGUUCAGCCUUCAAGGUGCACUGAGGAAUUCAAGCUCAGGAAGGUGAAGAAUGAUCAACUUAAGGCCGAGGCUAAGGCAAAGGGUGAGGUCAUUAGCACAAAGAGGCAGCCCGAGGGUCCUAAACCUGGUUUCAUGGUGGAGGGUGCUACAUUGGAAACUGUAACUCCCAUCCCAUAUGAUGUUGUUAAUGAUCUCAAGGGUGGUUACUAGAUCUACUCUUUUUUUUGUGGUCUUGCUGUUUUGGUUUAUUUGUGGCAAACAUUUGAGGUGUACCUAACAAUCUCACAAUCCAUUAACUGCUAUGAACUUGGCAAUGAUACAGUUUAUGACAGUAGUAGGAUUGUUUCACCAUCAUCUAUGAGUGGGAGAUAUUGGUUUUUUGGGAAUCAACACAUUCUACUUGGAUUA